AUGACUGUUGAGAGAAAGAAGAAAACCCAAAGUAAGAAAACUAAUGGAAAGAUUAAGAAACCUUUAGACGAUAACUCUUCGGAUGACGACGAUAUACCUUUAUCCAGAUCCUCUAAAAGGGAAUCGAAAUCCACCCUAAAAUCCAACAAGAGAAGAAUAAAGGUCGAGGAUGAUGAAGAAGAAGAAGAUGAAGUAGACAGCGAUACCACUCUGUCUCAAAUGUCUGAAAAUGGGAAGAACGACUCAAAAUCCAAAUCCAAACCAAAACCAAAAUCAAAAUCAAAACAAAGCAAGAGAUUAAAAACAGAAGAUAAUUCAAAAACUAUUGUUAAACCAGAGAGUCCAAAGAAGAAACAGGUUGAGAAAAUUUCAACUAAGAAGGAAAAUGGAAAUACUAGUAAUACUAAUAGUGAGAGUAAUAGUAACAGCAACGAUGAAGAUGGUAUUGCAGAUGAUGAUGAAGACGAAGAAGCUGAAGAAUAUAAAUGGUGGGAAGAUAAUGAUGAUAAUGGAGAAAUUCAAUGGACUACUUUAAGACACAAUGGUGUAAUGUUUCCUCCUCCUUAUGUAUCAUUACCUUCUCAUAUCAAAUUAUAUUAUAAUGGACAAGCUGUAGACUUACCACCGACUGCUGAAGAAGUCGCUGGGUUUUUUGCCGCUUUGCUGCAUACAGAUCAUGCUAAAAAUACUGUAUUUCAAAAAAACUUCUUUACUGACUUUAAAGAAGUCUUAAAAGAAGUUGGUGGUACUCUGAAUGGUAUAAAGCUUGAAAAAUUCGAAUAUUGUGAUUUUUCAAAAAUGCAUGAAUAUUUCGAAAUUCAAAGAGAACAAAGAAAAAAAUUGAGUCCUCAAGAGAAAAAACAACUUCGACUAGAAAAAGAAGAACAGGAAGAACCAUUUAAAUUUUGUGAAUUGGAUGGUCGUAGAGAACAAGUCGGAAAUUUUAGGGUAGAACCUCCUGACCUAUUUAGAGGUCGUGGUGCUCAUCCGAAGACUGGUAAACUUAAAAGAAGAGUUUAUCCAGAAGAUAUCGUAUUGAAUUUGGAUAGAAAUGCCCCUAUUCCUGCUGUCCCAGAGGGACACAAAUGGGGUGAAAUUAAACACGAUAACACAGUUCAAUGGCUAGCAAUGUGGAGAGAAAAUAUUUCUAAUUCUUUUAAAUAUGUUAGAUUAGCUGCCAACUCUUCUUUAAAAGGUCAAAGUGAUUUUAAAAAAUUUGAAAAGGCAAGAGAAUUAAAGAAAUACAUUGACUCAAUCAGAAAAGAUUACAGAACGAAUUUGAAGAGUAAAUUAAUGCUUGAGAGACAAAAAGCAGUAGCUAUUUAUUUGAUCGAUGUGUUUGCAUUAAGAGCUGGUGGUGAAAAAUCAGAUGAUGAAGCAGAUACAGUUGGUUGUUGUUCUCUGAGAUAUGAGCAUGUUACUUUAAAACCUCCAAAUACCGUAAUAUUUGAUUUCUUAGGUAAAGAUUCCAUUAGAUUUUAUCAAGAAGUUGAAGUCGAUAAGCAAGUGUUUAAGAAUUUAGCAAUAUUCAAAAGAGCACCAAAGAAACCAGGUGAUCAAUUAUUUGAUAGGUUAGACCCUCCAAUUUUAAACAAACAUUUGCAAAAUUAUAUGCCAGGGUUGACAGCGAAAGUGUUCCGUACGUACAAUGCUUCCAAGACAAUGCAAGACCAAUUAGAUUUGAUCGUCAACAAGGGUUCAGUUGCUGAAAAGAUGUUACGUUAUAAUGCCGCCAAUAGGACCGUUGCUAUAUUAUGUAACCAUCAACGUAGUGUUGGUAAGGGACAUGCAGAAGCUGUUAGAAAAGCGAAUGAAAAGAUAGAAGAACUUGAAUGGCAAAAGAUUCGAUUGAAAAGAGCUAUAUUACAACUUGAACCAAAAGAGAUGAAGAAAAGACCUAAAUUUUUUGCUGAGAUUGGCGAUUUAACUAAGGAAGAUGAAGAAAGUAUCCAUAAGAGAAUAAUCGAAAGAGAAAUUGAAAGAUGCCAUCGUAAAUUUCAAAGAGAAAACGACAAGCGUAAGUUCGACAAUGAAGAGCUAAUUAAAGAAGAAGAGCUUAAAGAAUGGUUAGACAAAGUGUCUGAAACUGAAAAGAAAUACUCAUUAGAAGUGGAAACUGGAGAAGUUGAAAUUAAAAGCACAUUGAAUACUGUUGAAAAAUUAGAAAAAAAUAUAGAAAAGUUAGAACAAAGAAUACAAACCAGUUCGAUCCAAUUGAAGGACAAAGAAGAAAACUCCCAAGUCUCGUUAGGUACCUCUAAAAUCAAUUAUAUCGAUCCAAGAUUGUCAGUAGUGUUCUGCAAGAAAUUUGACAUCCCAAUUGAAAAAAUUUUCACGAAAUCACUAAGAGAAAAGUUUAGAUGGGCUAUAGAAUCAGUCGAUGAGAACUGGAGAUUCUAA